GACUCCCUCCGUCAGAAGGAGGAUCGCAUUGAGGAGCUGGAGGAGGCGCUGAGGGAGAGCGUUCAGAUCACAGCAGAGAGGGAGGUGGUCCUCGCCCAGGAGGAGCAGGCGCGAACACAAUCCGAGAAACAGGUGGAGGACCUGCUGGUUGCCAUGGAGAAGGUAAAACAGGAACUGGAGGUGAUGAAAGCCAAGCUGUCGUCAACGCAGCUCUCACUGGCCGAGAAGGAGGGUCACCUGACCGCCCUGAGGGCCGAGAGGCGGAAACACCUGGAGGAGGUCCUGGAGAUGAAGCAAGAAGCACUGCUGGCAGCCAUAAGUGAGAAAGACGCCAACAUCGCCCUGCUGGAGCUCUCCUCGUCCAAAAAGAAGAAAACCCAGGAAGAGGUGGCAGCUCUGAAAAGGGAGAAGGAUAGUCUGGUUCAGCAGCUCAAACAGCAGACGCAGAACAGGAUGAAGCUGAUGGCCGACAACUACGAGGACGACCAUCUCAAGGUCGCAUCUCCAAACUCAGAGCAGCCCAACAAUCACAAGCCCUCCCCAGACCAGAUUCUCUCUCCUCUCCUGGAUCUCAAUCAGAAUCGCAGUAAACUGAAGCUGUACAUCAGUCACCUGACCUCACUGUGUCAGGAGCGAGACCCAAUCAUAUUGCAGGACUUCGCCCCGCCCCCCGCCUAUCACCGCUCUGACUCCGCCUCCUGGCAUACGCAGCUGCACAGCAUGACGCAGGAACAGUUGGAGGCGGAGUUAGCACUGUGUGAGAGGGAGGGGGCGGAGCUCCAGGAGUACGCCAACCAGGUCCUGCAGCAGAUCGCCGACCGAUGCCCCGACAUUUUGGAACAAGUUGUCAACGCCUUGGAGGACAGCUGCUGACAAACCAACACACAGACACUGACAGAAACAUGAAGCUCACAUCCACACAUUCAUCAGCAUUAAAAGUCUGAAGGCAUGAAAACAUGGAACGCUCAUUCGAACACACACACACACAGAAGUCUCCAGCUACACCCCAUAAUAAUCCCAUCAUGCGCAAAUAAAAGUGUUGGAUGACGAUGAAGACUUUUCCCUGCCACGGCUCUUCUGUUACCUGCUGUUCUGUUACCCGCUCUUCAGUCGUCUCAUUUUCACAGAUGGAAAAGCGGAUGUAAGAAAAAAACACACAAAAAAAAAAGUCAUGUUGUUACUGAAAGAUAUUCCUCUGCAGUGUCUUUAGUUGCUCUAAUUUUAAACAAACUGUGCCAGCUGAUGGAAAUAAUGUUCAUUUUUCAGUUCAAAGUGCUCCGUUGGCAUGCAAGUUAAUCGGAAAUAGUCGAUGUUCUCCAUGUAUUUUCCUAAAAACUCCGAAACAGAAGGAGCCUUCACUGCGCUCGCCAUCUGGGACACUUCACAGCCGCCAUCUUGUGUCCUGGCGAUGAGCAGUCGGACUCUGGGAAAAUAUGUUCAAAGCUUAAUGAAAAAGGGUGAAAUAGGGUUGAGCUUGCCAGGUUUGUUUCUGAUGUUACACUUACAUUCUGUUGCCACAUUGUUAUUUGAUGGGUUUCAGAUACAAAAGUGUGUUUAUUUCAGCUGCCUUUAGCUCCUUACAUCAUUUGCUGCUAUCUUUUUCACUUUUAGCCUCUGUUUUUUUUUCUUUUUCUUCCAUUUCUUGUUUGUUUUUUUUUCUGCAGGUGUCUGAUGAAACGGCCCGACUUGUAGUUUCUUUCAGCAGUAAUCUCUAGAUAGUUGUGUAAAUUGUAAAAACGAGAGGUUUAAUUAACAGAUACACAGCUUUCAUCGGGGGGGGAACAUGACACUUUAAUCUAUUUGUUUUCCAUUACUGAUGAAAGGCACAAACUACAAUAACUCUCGCAGUGCUCCCUUUAUUAAAACACACCAGUGUAGAUGGCUUGUGUUUCUUUUUAACCUCAGAAAACAUCGUGUCCUGUUCAGUUACGACGCAGAAAUUAGGUUGAGUUCAGAUGAUUCCUCACAGAAUCCCUUUCGUGACAAUCCCUUUAGAGUUAACACGAGGUGAAAUCUGAACUUCGCCCAUUUCCCCUCACUGAAACUGCUUUUGUUUUCUUUCUGUCUUGGGAGGGAGGGAAUAUAAAAAUAAAUGUUAUAUAAAUAUAUUUUUUGCUUUUGGUAAUAUAUAUAAAACACUAAUCUUGUUUUAAUUGAAAAUGUUGUCAUCUAUUGGUUGAUAUGCUACAUAACGUGUCAAAAAUCUUUUCUUUUUUUUUGUCUGGUUUGCGAGUAACCACAGAUUUGUUCCAUAAGCAGGACGCUGUUACUGGGAACCUAUGUUGCACCUACACGAGGCUCUGCGUCCACCGGGAGCAUUUUCUCAGAAUCGGUUUCUUGUUCUUGUUGUUUACAGUGGAAAUGACACUCUGCAUGUUUCCCACAGUGCUGACAGCCUUAGCAUGAUUUAAACGCUUACGGCACUGAGCACUAGAGGUUCAAAUUGUUUCGACUUAAAGCAAAAAAAUUCCUCUAACGGUCUGUUUUUUUCAGUCUUAUACUGUAGUGAGCGCUGAAGCCGUGACACAGGGACUGUUUAGCUGCUCCCUGCAAAGAAACACCUGGUGGACGCAAAGCCUUGAGACUCGGAUUUACACCGCAAACUCAAAUCUGGCUGCACACCUGGAUCUGAUCUUAAGGUAUAAAAGAAACGGAGGGUUUAGCUUUUUUGGCACCAAAGCAGCGAUUUAAAGCCACAUGGGUGUAAAUGAGGAGUUUCAUUUCAAACGUGUCUCAAAUCACCACCUGAUUCUGGUGCAAGUUCCUUCAAUUUUUGAAAUGUUUAAAGAUAUGGUGACCCUUCAGAGUGUAAGCAAGGUAAAAAGAUAAAAAAGAAAAAUGGAAAAAAGGUGUUUAUUUUGGAAUGAAACUCCAUCAGACAUGAGCCUGUGAUGUAAAUUCAGUGUUUUGUUGUCUGUUUUAUACUGAUCAUGUUUGUCACUGGGAAUGGCAAUGACUGAGACUCACUUUAAAUUUGUUGUGGAUUGAAAAUCGGAAUGAGAGAAUGGAAUAAAAUAUGGAUUUAUCUUUA